CUGCGUCUCCUAUAAAACGAAUUAGGGUUUGAGUAAUCAAACUAUAUACCCAAUCUCUGCCGCAAUUUCUCACCGGAGUCUGCCUUUCAGGAGAAAUGACGACGAGAUUCAAGAAGAACCGUAAGAAGCGCGGACACGUGAGCGCCGGACACGGUCGUAUCGGAAAACACCGAAAGCAUCCCGGAGGUCGUGGUAACGCCGGAGGAAUGCACCACCACCGGAUCCUCUUCGACAAGUACCAUCCCGGUUACUUCGGUAAAGUCGGUAUGAGAUACUUCCACCGGCUCCGCAACAAGUUCCAUUGUCCGAUCGUUAACGUCGACAAGCUCUGGUCGAUGGUUCCACAGGAUGCCAAAGAGAAUGCUUCAGCUGAUAAGGUUCCAAUUGUGGAUGUUACUCAGUUCGGUUACUUCAAAGUGUUGGGAAAAGGUAUGGUUCCGCCAUCGCAGCCGAUGGUGGUUAAGGCGAAGCUUAUUUCGAAGACUGCUGAGAAGAAGAUUAAGGAAGCUGGUGGUGCUGUUCUGCUCACUGCUUAGGUUUGUUUUCAACUUGUUAAUUAGUGCCAGUUUUGAUUAUUACUGUUAGAUUAGGGUUUAUGGAAGAUGAGUCUCUUUUGGUGAAGUUGAACUUGAUGCAUUAUAUUAUAUCGAUUUGGCUUGAAA